AUGAACCGCCUCAAGUCCAAAGCUUCACAAUUCUUCCAGAACAGCCCGACUCAAGACGAAAAUGUGGCGAUCACCGCUACAGAUCAGGAAGCUGACUUCAGCGCAGGCAUCGAGCGCAGCCUGCGGAAGAAGCCAUCGCGGUUCUUUCGCAAGCAGAAAGACAAACCGCUUCCAAGUCCCCCGUACCUCGACCCAUCUGAAGGCCCUCCUCCACCACUGCCAAAGGAUCAUGACCCGAGUGAGCGUGCAGAUGCUGUGGUCAGCAAUUUGGCCGAGACAGCGGAGACAGAGACGGACAAGUCGCUCCAAUCACCUCCAGCCUCCCGCAAAUCAGCAUCUUCAAAGACACAUACAAGUUCAGAUAAGGAGAGCCAUGACGCAGCACGCAAGACCAAGCAACAUCCAGUGCUUAAGAAGCGUCCCAGCUUCGCGUCCCUACGAAAGUCUAGUUCGCGCGUCUUUCGCUCAAACACGGAAGGCCAGGAUCCUCCCCCGCCACCGAUGCCCCAGAUCCCCAUCAAGACACCCACACCAAAGCCGCGCCGACCGAACCUGAGACCAUUUGAGUACAUCCGCUCCGCACGCUCAUCUCGCUCAAACCAAGGUCGCAUCAGAUCCAUCUCUCGUCCAAUCUCCCACGUGCAAUCGCAGCUGCCUGCGAACUUCGAUUCGUACAAAGUGCCCUUCACCGAGCCCAUGAGCCCACCUCCGCCACGCCCAGCACGCCCCGGGAGCCUUGACGAGGACCUCGUCGCCCUCGCCCGCGACGGGGGCGCACGCACAAUCCUGCACACGCCGAGCCGGGCGCGCACACUCACCGCAUCGACGGUCUCUGUCGCCUGGUCUCCGGCCCUGAGCCGCGUCGGCUCGGAAGAAGCAUACGCGCGCCUCGGUCUCCCGUCAGGCCACUCGUCGCUCUCCCUCCCUCGGAGCCCGGUCUUCGACUCCCCUCUCGCGGCAAACUUCCCCCUUGAUCCGAACCUUCCGCUGCCGUUCUGCGACAGCGAUGGCAGUGUACUGGGCUACGGGCGCUUCAGUGCGUACGUCAAGGCGCGCCAGCAGUACGGCAGCGGCGGGUAUGGCGACGGCGUUGAGGCGGGCGACAGGGACCAAGGGCCUCUGGAGUUGUACCGCGCGAGCAGGUGUGCGGAUUGGACGUUGGAGCGCAGGGUCAGUGGGAAGCUAGGGGAGAGGGGGAUGUUGUUCCGAGACCGGUGGGGUGGAUGGCAUCUUGUGCGUGAUAUCUAA